AUCAGUCACAACAAACAUGGCGGAUGCCAGUGCAUCUAUGACUCUGGCGACACUUUCACUGAUAGGUUUCGCAUUACUAGCAGGGUUUUACCUGACCACUUUACAUUUACUAUGGACACUGGUCUCCGUUACUGUUACUGCCGUGUUGGUGUCCCAGUUAUUGCGGAAGUUACGGAGAAGAGAUGCGUUGACGGAGCGGCGUGUAUGUGUGCUGGUUCUGGGGGAUAUCGGACGCAGCCCUCGCAUGCAGUACCAUGCCCUUUCGCUCAGCAAACACGGCUACAGCGUAACGUUUGUUGGAUUCCCUGGUACCAAGCCUCAUCAGGAUGUGAUUGGAGAUGAGAGGAUCACAAUCAUCCCAAUCACAGAAGUUAAAGGACUCCAAGUGGGUCCUAGGAUGGUGAGCUAUGUUACCAAGGUGAUUCUCCAGUCCCUGCAGCUUCUCCUGGUAUUAUUGAAGACUGACGUCCAGUCCCAUAUUCUCAUGCAGAAUCCUCCAGGACUGCCCAGUAUAAUGGUGACAUGGCUGGUGUGUGGUCUGAGAGGAUCCAGGUUCAUCAUUGACUGGCACAACUACGGCUACACCAUCAUGGCCCUCUCACACGGCCCGGACCACCCCAUCGUCAGGCUGGCACAGUGGUAUGAGCAGUUGUUUGGGCGAUUCUCCAGCCAUAACCUUUGUGUCUCCAACGCUAUGAAGGAAGACCUUCAGAACAACUGGAACAUCAGGGCGACCACAUUGUAUGACAAGCCACCUGCUAUCUUCAAGGAGACUUCAGUAGACCUAAAGCACCAGCUGUUCAUGAGGCUGGCCAAGACUAUCCCUCAGUUCCAGGUCUGUGGUGAGCGCCCUGGUGGUGAGACAGAGAGAACAGCGUUUACAGGUCGUGACCCCAGUGACCUUUCUGUGACCUUGACCUCAGGUCGACCUGCCCUACUGAUCAGCAGCACCAGCUGGACCGAGGAUGAGGACUUCUCCAUUCUGCUGAAGGCUCUGGAAGACUACGAGGGGUUUGUGAAAGCAGGAGCCUCUCUUCCCUCGCUGGUCUGUGUCAUCACAGGUAAGGGUCCUCAGAAGGACCACUACAGGAAGCUGAUAGACGCCCUGAGCUUUGAGCACGUGAAGAUCUGUACUCCAUGGCUGGAGGCGGAGGACUACCCUGUUCUGCUAGGCUCAGCAGAUCUGGGUGUGUGUCUCCAUAAGUCGUCCAGUGGUCUGGACCUGCCUAUGAAGGUGGUGGACAUGUUUGGUUGCUGUCUGCCUGUCUGUGCCAUCCACUUCUACUGUCUACAUGAGCUGGUGAAGCAUGAGGAGAACGGGUUGAUCUUCAAAGACUCUGAGGAACUAUCUGGACAGCUCAAGUCUCUGUUGUGGGACUUCCCUGGCUGUGAGGAUGAGGGCAAACUGGGUCAGUUCAGGAGGAACCUCCGGGCCAGUGGGGGGCAGCGGUGGGACCAGAACUGGGACCAGAAUGUCCUGCCUCUCCUCACUGCACCCUGACUUCCCUGUUAGACAGACCUCUCUACAGCAGCUGACUCAUCCCCUCUCUACAUCUUCGCUCUGUCUCAAACCCCCUUCUUGAGCCUCCAAUCUUCAACAUUUUAACAGACGCUCUUAUCCAGAACGACUUACAGGAGCAAUUAGGGUUAAGUGCCUUGUUUAAGGGCACAUCCACAGAUGUUUCACCUAGUCUGCUCGGGGAUU